CGGCAUUGCUACUUAUUAAAUGUACUAUAAUCCCUAGACUCCUUCGCUCCAAACUCGGGAUUCUUUAUUCUACCUAAAUCAUACACUACACUAUAUUCCAUUAGCGCACUCACUUCGUUUACCGGCGCGGUAUGGUGGAAGCAAACCGGGCUUUGAUGAAUUUCGCGAGAGCAUCUAGAUUUACGGUUGCUAAAGGACUACGGCGACAGCCGAUCGUAUUCUCGCCUCCGUACCUUUAUACCCACCAGGCUGGUCAGAAAUACGCUAGGCUUUCCACUAUGGCGGAUCAGCCGCAGAGACGUUUUCAACGACCGGCGGUCUUCAUCUGCGACAUGCAGGAGAAGUUCCGCUCCGCAAUCUGGUCGUUUGACUUGAUCCUCCAGACGACGCAGAAAGUCCUACGCGCGGCCCAGAUCCUCGACAUACCCGUCAUCGUGACGACGCAGAAUGGCGCAAAGCUCGGGCCUACCGUCUCUGAGCUUCAGGAGUUAACGGCGGGCGCUGUAGUCGACGCGGAUAAGACGGCCUUUAGUAUGUUGCGCGCCCCGGAAGUAGCAUCUCGCUUCCCGCACGCAGACCCAGCGGGAGCCAAUGGGCCCCUACCUAGCGAAGUCGCCAUCGUAGGCAUCGAGACGCAUAUCUGCGUGACGCAGACCGCUCUUGACUUGCUCGAGCGCGGGCACAAGGUAUACGUGCUGGCGGAUGGCGUCAGCAGCUGCAACCAGAUGGACGCGCGGGUGGCGUUUGCACGGCUGCGAGCUGCGGGGGCGGUGGUGACGACUAGCGAAAGCUGGCUCUACGAGUGCAUGGGGGAUGCGGGGAUCCCUGAAUUUAGGGAGGUGGCGAAGUUGGUGAAGGAGACGGGGCCGGGGAUGAAGGAGGUGCUGAAGGGGUUGAUGAGUAACUUGUAGGGAAAUACGAGAUAUGCACAUUGCCCUUGUUUUGAUCUCGGGUAUGAGAUACUUGGACUUAUUACCUUUCCAUGACGCCUUAGAGGGGUUUGAUAUUCUCAAAAGCUCGUGAAAGCAUCUAAGUAUACGUUCGAAUGCUCCUCAUGUCCCAAGCAGUAGUAGACCUUAUAAGAAACUCAUAGAAACUUGUAAGAUAUCACAACAGAUAUUUC